AUGUCCUCCCCAGGGACCGCUCCACCUGCCGAGGUGAUGUCAAUAGCAUCCCCCAUCAACCUGAUCCUGCUAUCUCUUUUCGUGGUCCUAGUCUACAUGCAGUUCCGCCCUAAGGCCCCCGUAACACUUCCCAAGAGUCCUCCACCCAUCGUUUUCCGCACCUUCACUCCCACCACACUGCUUGAAUUCAACGGUGUCGAUGGCAAGCCCGUUUACCUGGCCGUGCGCGGUCGCGUGUUCGAUGUCACCCCGGGUAGGAACUUCUACGGGCCGGGUGGACCAUACGAGAAUUUCGCCGGUCGAGAUGCCUCUCGUGGCUUGGCUCAUCAGAGUUUUGAUGAGGAAAUGCUCACUAAGGAUCUGAAAGGUCCCCUGGAUGAUCUGAAGGAUCUCGAUGCGGAACAGAUGGAGAAUCUCCAGUCGUGGGAGGAGCGCUUCCUCGAGAAGUAUUUGGUGGUUGGUAAAUUGGUUGCGGAGGGGGAUCCGGAGGCGCCUAAGUCAUAG